AUGUUGAAGAAAAUUAACAAAGCGUCUUCCAACCGUUUUGGUAAUGGGAAAAGUGCCAAUCAAGGUCAGUUGAAGGGAAAUGACAAAUACGGCCAGGAUGAAGAAUAUUCAAUGUCAGAGGAGGUAACAGGAACAGUGACAGAUGAAGCGAGUGAUGAGGAAUCCAAGGCAUGUGAAGGAGGGAAUUUUGUAUUAAACGACUUUCUAUCAUACAAAGAGAACUCACAAGUGCUGAAAAAAUUUUUUAUAUUUGUUUUAUUAAUUAUUUUGUCUCCAGUAAUUUUAUUAGUCAUGUACAAAUACGUUCUUACGUGGUGCUUCAAAAUAUCGAAGGACACCUGCCUUCUUAUUAGCCUUUUUUUCGUAGUGGUUUACAUCAUGUCGCUUACCUUACUAUAUGCCUACCUAGCGUUCAGUGAGGAAGAGGUGUCAGACCGAGGGAGUUCGGGCAGACACGGGAAGAAGUGGAGGUAG